AUGAGAAUAGGAACCGUCUCGCAGGGCUCCUGUCAGUGUCUCUUUCAUGGGAACUCGUUUUUCCAGAAGAAACAAAGCCGCCGCUGGACGUGGGAGUCUCCUAAUGGCAUGACUCAUGCGGAGAUCGACCACAUUCUGACAAACACCAGAUGGUGCCUACUUGACACGUCGGUAGUCCCAUUAUCCUGUACUGGUUCCGAUCACCGCCUUCUUCGCGCGAAGAUUCGAUUCAGCCGUAAGCUGGAAAAGAACUCUCUUCAUCGACCACGAGGAAAAAGUUUAACUGUAUACGACGAGAACAUUCUGAACGAUGUCUUAUCCAAACAUGACUGGCAGAUUGAAGAAAACCCGAUCGGAGACUACGACCUGCUUGUCGAAGGGGUGAAAAGCUGUGCCGCAUUCGCCUCAGUUCCUCAAGCAAGAAGAUCGGAUCGCAUCUCCAUCACUACUAGGGAGUUGCUCGAAAAGAGAAGGAAACUGAAGCUUGAUCCUACUUCAAAACGUUUAACAUGGCUAGUAAUAAAUGCCAGCUGCAGAAGAGCCUUGCAGGAAGAUCUGCAACGGUAG